AUGUCAUCGCAGACACAGACAGCAUCCAUUCAGACGCUCCUCGAGGCAGAGAAGGACGCACAAGCUAUUGUAGAGAAGGCGCGCACAUACAGGACACAGCGGCUGAAGGAUGCACGCUCUGAAGCUGCCAAGGAGGUAGACGCGUACAAGAAGAAGAAGGAGCAGGAGUACAAGGACUACGAGUCUGAGAACACUGGAUCGAGCGAGGAUGCAGAGAAGCAGGCAGAGAAGGCAAUCAUCCAGCAGUUGGAGGAGAUUGAGAAGUCGCACAAGGAAGGGAAGCAGGCGAUUGUGGACAAUCUGCUUGCGUCUAUUGUCAAGUCUGAUCCGCAGAUGCACAUCAAUGCAAUCAAGAUAUGA